AUGCAACAAGAGGAUGAAUCACUUUUCGACGCUUGGGAAAGAUACAAAGAACUUCUAAGAGCCUGUCCACGCUAUGGGUUAGAGCAACGACUUAUAAUUCAUACCUUUUAUAUCAGACUCAUCUACAAUAUCAAAAUGACCAUCGACGCUGCCGCAGGUGGUGCUUUUAUGAACAAACCAUACCUCGAAGCUUGUGCUCUCAUUGAAGAUAUGGCACAAAACCAUUACCGAUGGGGAACGGAACGAGCAUCGAGUGGAACUACUUACGAUGAACCUAUAAACCCUAGGUUGAAUAAACCAGAGCCCUUCAAGAAAAAUGUUGUGAUCACACCCGAGAAACAAGUAGAGGAACCAGUAGAACCUGAGAAACAAAAAGAGGAAGAAGUUAAAGAUAAGGAAGGAGAGAAAGAUACUAAAGUUUACAUACCACCCCCUCCUUACAGACCACCAAUCUCAUUUCCACAAAGACUUAAGCAAACCAAAUUAGACAACCAAUAUAAAAAGUUUGUAAAAGUGAUUGAGAAACUCCUUGUCGAGAUUCCAUUCACCAAAGCGAUCACCCAAAUACCAUCUUACGCCAAGUUCCUUAAGGACAUCCUAACCAACAAACGAAGACUUGAUGAUCCUAAACCCUUAGAAUGCAAUUCGAUUACUGAAAAUAAACUUGCUAAAAAUGAGAAAGACCUAGGAAGUUUUUCUAUACCUUGUGCUUUAGGAAAUCAUGAUAUCGAUAAAGCACUCCUGGACUUAGGAGCCAACGUAAGCUUAAUGCCUUUAGCCAUUGGUAAUAGGUUAAACCUAGGAGAAAUGCAACCGACUAGAAUGUCCCUUCAAUUAGCUGAUAGAUCCAUUAAAUAUCCAAUAGGCAUUUUAGAAAACAUACUAGUUAGGAUUGGCCAACUCUAUAUUCCUACAGGUUUUGUUGUCAUGGACAUUAAAGAAGACGAAGAAAUCCCUAUCCUUCUAGGUAGACUCUUCUUAUCAACAGCAGGGGCUAUCAUAGAUGUCAAGAGAGGAAAAAUGACUUUCGAGGUAGGUGAUGAAAAAUUAGAAUUUAUAUUAUCAAAAUUCUUAAAAGCACCAUCCAUAGACGACUCAUGUUAUGUCAUCGACAUCAUCGACAAAUGCAUAAGAGAGUUAGACCAAGAAGACCCCGUUGAAACAAUUAAAUUACCUUUAACCCCCAUAAUGGAGGAUGAAGAAUUUAAAGACUCUUAUAUAUAUGACAACCUUCACGAAUGCUUAGCACUCACCCCAAAACAUAUGCCAUGUCCUAAGAAACCAUCAAUAGAGCUUAAGGAGCUACCUAAGAAUCUAAGAUACGAGUUUUUGGAUGAAGAACUAAAUCGUCCCGUCAAAGUAAGCGCCACCUUAAAUGGUGAUGAAACAAAUCAACUCUUAUAUGUUUUAAGAAAAUAUCCCACAGCUCUAUAA